AAUUAAUUAAUCUUUCGAUUUAUAAUAUAUAAAUUAAAUUGAAAUAACUGUAAAAUAAUCCGUAAUCAAUGCCAUACAUCUUGAUCAGAGGCAAUCUUGCAUCAUACGGCCACAGAAACCCAUGGCGCGUUUUGGUAUCCGGCUUGAAAGCUGGUGAAAUAGAGCAAUUAAAAAGAUUCACAUGUGGCGGAUAUUGCGACGAAUCUACAAUUGUGUACUUACAACAUCCUUGUGUCAUUCUAAGUGCAUUAGAGGUAUUGGGUUACAAAGUAGUAGCAUCAAGCUCGACAGCGGUCAAGCAGGAUUAUAAUGAGUAUAUGUGGACUAUGAGAAAAGAGUUCUCAGAGCCAGAGCCUUCUAUUAUUGUUGAACAAGAUAACAUUACAAAUUUUAGUAAGGAGGCCAUGCACUUGACCAAUUUCGUGUCUAAUAAAGACGACGAAGUUUAA